AACGCAGCACUAUGCCUAGUCUCCAAGAAGAGAAGAAGAAGAAGAAGAAGAGGAAGAAGAAGAAGGAGAAGAAGAAGAAGCAGAAGCAGCUCUAUUUACUCGGUGAUCAUCUACUCGGGUGCUUCCCGUUUCAAAGUCCAACUGAGAGCUGGUCAAGCGACAACAGGUAGAAGUGGAGAUGUUGUGCAGGAGCUUCACUGAUCAGUGUGUAUUUAUUUAAAGGCGUUUGGUGUGUGUGUGUGAAAGCCACAGACAGACAUGCAGCAGUCUGUGGAGUCUCUGGUCCGACUGCUGGAGUCCUACAGAGGAAGAGAUAAAGUUAUCCGGACUGUCUGUUAUGGCUCCCAGCUUGUUGGAGGAGUUCUUUCCCGCAAGGCAGAAGCAGACGUCUCGUCCCAGCGGCUCGGGAAAAGCCUGCUGCUGUUUUCUGCUCAGCUCAGCCAGUGCAGGACGGUGCUGAGGCUGUUUGAUGACCUCUCCAUGCUGGCUUACUCCCACAGCUAUGGCCUUGGAGCCGUGGAGGAGGACACGGGCGUGCGUUGGAUUUCUGUGCUGACCAAUGUGGCUGACCAGCUCUAUUACCCCUGUGAACACAUCGCGUGGGCCGCCGACGCUGAGCUCAUCAAAGCGAAGUCUGACAAAUGGUGGCUGUUCAGCACGGUGCUGUGGGGAACCUCGCUGCUGCUGGGAAUACUCAGGUCGCUGCGAGUUCUGCUGCUGCUGAAGAAGAAGCUGAAGAGAUGUGGGAGAGACGGAGCUGGCAACAGUCGCUCUCAGCUCCGAAGACAGAUGCGAGGGGAGGUGGUCUCCGUCAUUGGCAGCAUGGCUGACCUCAGUAAUGCCAUUCACUGGAUGCCGCCCGGCUUCCUGUGGGCCGGUCGAUUCCCUGACUGGCUGGUGGGGCUGUUGGGCACCAUCUCAUCUCUGAUUGGUUUGAUCCAGAUGAACGCCAGCGACAGUGACCUGACAGACAGUACAUAGUCUUUGCUCCACAGCGAGGAAUAGAUGAGAGGCUCGGAUCAGCACCAAAUGAAUGACGUACAGUAUAUCGGUGGAAAGCGCUGAAUGAAAGGAUGUGUAGCAGAUCCAGAACAUAAGAAGUCAAAAUCAAAUGGACCAAUAACCGCACAGUAAAUGAAUGAACUAACUAAACUUAAUGGACUUGUAGCCAGUCUUCAGAUGUGACUGAAAGCCGCUUGAAAAAGCGACAAAACAUCUUCAACUCCAUUGGUUUUAUAAAUUUAUUUGGACAUUACACAGUGAAAGGCAAGAUUUGAUGCUGAGAUUAAUGAAUCAAUUGUUCUUCUAUUUAGCACUUGUUUCUAAAGUAUUACUGUAUUACAUGGUAUUUUAGUAUAGUGUAGAUGUUUUCAGAGAGCAGGAUUUAGACCCUAUGUGACAAUAAAGUCCUAAUGACAUUGUGGUUAAUAGGUGGCAGCUCCGGGGGUAAGUCAUUUUUGUAUUUAUCCCAUUGUACCUUCUACUUGUUCUCCAAGACUGUUUUAGUGUAGCCAAGGUUCCAAAUACAACAAGUUUGGCCGGGCCACAACUCUUUUGCUUGAGGACGCCUCGCAGCGGGAGUCCUUGUUGUUUAAACAGAGGGUUUAAGUGCAGAGGAGACGUAAAGUGACACUGAACCUCUACCUGUUCAGUCAAUCCCCCAAGAAGGUCCCCGCACAAGUAGCUAAAAACUGGAAUAUAAUGUCUGUGUCUAGAGAUUAAAUCUGCAUGGUGGUUUUAAGCAAGAUAAAAUAAUAUGUAGAAACACCAGUAAAUUAUAUAUACAGUGAUUCAUAAAAUGUGAAUUUAUUAAUAUACAUUGUUAUGGUUGUGAUGAUUGGGCUGCUAGGAUCUCUCAACUGAAAAAAAUAUUUCUGUCACUAUUUAAAGAUCAUCUCAGGUUUAAUUUUAAAGCGUGUAAUGUCCUCAAGCUACACUACAGCAACUGGUUUCAGUAAUAAGUUACUCAGGGGUCGAAAUGAUCUUAACUGAUGAAAUUAGCUGUAGAAAUAUCUGAUUCUCAUUAAGGAAUCGGUACAGAUCAGGCCACAGACAAAUUUUCGAGUGAAGUUUGGUAUGCCCUGGAAAACGCUGACAAAGUUUUAAAUGUAAACUGAAUAAAAUGUAAAAUAAUUUUAGAUCAUGUAUUUUAAAAUAAACUGUUGAACUGCC